GAGCAACAGGCACCGGGCCCCCAGGCGGGGUCUCGGGCCCCCAGGCAGAGCGGCAGGCACCGAGUCACCAGGCACGACACGGGCAUCGGGGACACCAGGCAUCAGGUCAUAUUUGGCUUGACAGCGGGCACUGCGUCAUCUGGCAAGGCAGUGGGCUCCGAGUCAACUGGCAUGAAACCGCGGGCACUGGGUCAGACAUUGGAUCGUCUGGCUGGACAGCGGGCAUCGGGUCACCAGGCAUCAGGUCAUUUGGCUCGACAGCGGGGCACCCGCGUCAUCUGGCAAGGCAGUGGGCUCCGAGUCAACUGGCAUGACCGCGGGCACUGGGUCAGACAUUGGAUCGUCUGGCUGGACAGCGGGCAUUGGGUCACCAGGCAUCAGGUCAUUUGGCUCGACAGCCGGGCACCGCGUCAUCUGGCAAGGCAGUGGGCUCCAAGUCAACUGGCA